AUGAUACACACCGAAAACACAAGGUGCAAUAAUAAAUCGUCAAGAAAAAAAGCCGAAAAAACGAAACCACCGGAUUUUCGAUACGUCAACGGCAGGCGAUAUCAUAAUGAGCCUGAAGUUCCAUAUUGGCUUCCCUCAGAUUUGGAUGAAAUUGACCGACAACAACAGCAACACUACUGUGGAAAACAUAUUUUUGGGAGUAACAUUUCGGCCCCCGUGGAAGAAUUUUUAAUAGACGGGUGUAAGGUGUUGGAUGUUGGAUGUGGCGCAGGAAUAUGGUUGUUAGAGAUGGCCACCGAAUACAAGAAGUCAAAGUUCUUUGGAGUGGACAUGUCGCCUGUAUUCCCAACCCACAUUAAACCUUUCAACACUAACUUCAUUAAAGCCAACAUGCUGAACGGGCUAACGUUACCAUCAAAUGAGUUUGAUUACAUUCAUAUCUCGUUCAUGAAUGAUUCUUUCACCAAUGAUCAAUGGCAGAACAUUGUGAUCCCUGAACUAGUCCGUCUUCUAAAACCCGACGGAUGGCUAGAGUUCUACGAUUUUGAUACCAUUCAACUAAAUGGAGGCCCGUUAAUUGAACGUUUUUUCAGUACUACACGACAAUUAUUACGUGAUGUCGGCGUGGACCCUAGAGCACCAACUCUUUUCAAACAAUGGUUAUCACCUUAUACAUGCCUGAAAGACAUUAACGAGCUUUCGGUAAAUCCAUGUAUGGGAACUUGGAAAUGCGAGGUGGAAAAUACGAGUAAUAUUGGUGCUGGAGGAGAUAAUAGCACAAAAACAAGGAAACAACAUAAGAACGACAAUUUCUUGGGUAAAAGUGUUGAUGUAGUAAGGAAAGAGGUGAAGGCUAGAGGAUUGGUUAGGGAAAAUUGUAAAUUGUUUUAUGUUUUAUAUGCUGAGGAGUUAUCAAAAUUAAUGGGGAUAUCACAAGAGAACUAUUUGAAAUUACUAGAGGAAUGUUUUGAGCAAGAAAUGGAAAAAUAUGAGACGAGGAUGGUAUUCACAAGGGUGAUAUGUAGGAAAAGUGAAGUGUAA